CUUCAUUCUGUUCUCUUCCACUGUGAAGGUUGUAGAAACUGAUCAAUAAAAUGAGCGGCAGAGGCAAAACCGGCGGCAAAGCCCGAGCGAAGGCCAAGACUCGCUCGUCCAGGGCAGGGCUGCAGUUCCCCGUCGGCCGUGUCCACAGGCUCCUCCGCAAAGGCAACUACGCCGAGCGCGUCGGUGCCGGAGCUCCUGUGUAUCUGGCGGCUGUGCUCGAGUAUCUGACCGCGGAGAUCCUGGAGCUGGCUGGAAACGCCGCUCGGGACAACAAGAAGACCCGCAUCAUCCCCCGGCACCUGCAGCUGGCGGUGCGCAAUGACGAGGAGCUGAACAAGCUUCUGGGCGGAGUGACCAUCGCUCAGGGCGGCGUGUUGCCCAACAUCCAGGCCGUGCUGCUGCCCAAGAAGACCGAGAAGCCCGCCAAGGCCAAGUAGCGCUCCGGCCCCUCACCGACGACCAACGGCUCUUUUAAGAGCCACUCAUUCCGUCUGAUAGAGAGCGCUUUUCUCUGUU